GAUGGAGCCGACUUCGUGCUGCUAUUUGGUGGUCCGCGAUUUUGUUUUCAUUUGGAAAGUGGGUGUGUUUGUCUAGCUGUCCGAAUGGCCGGGCUCCCAGACUCCCCAGCCUCCCCAGCCUCCCCAUCCUCACCAGACUCGCAGACUGUGUCCCCUUCUCCAAUGUCAACGCUGUGGUCACUACUUGGGCGCUUCGAGUCUGGGAAAAUGCCUCCUCUGAUGGACUGGGGUCAACUGAAAACUGAAAUCUAUGGGCCCGAAGAAAGGAAAUGCGAGGAAUGUCGUGGAAAAACGAGGAAAGUGAUCUACGAUGCUCUUCAAACUGAUCUUCCUAAUAUGAGUGAGCAAAUUAAGUUGUGCCUGUUGCAAAGUGUUACCCAACCCAUCGAUAUGAAAGUUCAAGUUCUUCGUCUCAUUUCCCAGAAAUAAAACUUUCAUGGCGAGA